AUGUUGCUCGGUAAUAUUCGAGAAGAUCUUCAUCCGAACUGUCGAACAAGUCGUAGUACACCUCAUUUAACACGAUCAUUUUCAAUAAAAGAUACAAUAACAACCCCUCUCACAUCAUCAUCAACAAGUAUUCGAACUUCAAUUGAACCACAACAAACAAUGAUGAACUAUGCUCGCAUGUCAUAUCGUUAUACAACUGUUACAUUACUAUCGAUGCGUCCACCACCAGAUACAACUAUUUUUCCUGAUCAUCUUGUUGAACGACGUUUUCUCGAUGAUGAAAAUUAUAUUGAUCUGGAUCGAAUGUUAGCUGAAAAAGGUGGUAAAUUUCGAUUAGAUUCAUAUGGUAUACGUGAUGGUGCAGGUGAUGGACCUAUAAUACCAACUAGAAUACAUAAAUAUGAUUUUUCUGAUCCUGUUGUUAUUGAAAAAGUUAAAAAUCGUCGUCCAAAAGAUCCAUUAACACCUCAUCAAGUAGCUGCAUUAACAUCAGUUGUAACACGUCAUCAAUCAUCAACAUUUCCAACACCAUUAUCAUCACCUCAUCAAAUUCAAUCAUCACAUGUUUGGAUUGAUGAUUAUAGUCAUCGACAAGCACAAUUUGAAGGUAAUAAACAUCGAUAUCAUUUACCAACACAAUCGUCACUGUCUUAUCAAAGACAAAAUCCAAAUCAAUGUGAAAUAUAUACAAAUCAAAUUAAAUCUCUUUUACCUAAUUAUCAAUCAAAUAAUCAACAAAAUACAAAUACUGUUCCUAUUUUACAACGUUUAUUUCAAGCUCAACAACGUCAACAAAAUGAACAACGAAAAAUUGAUGUUAGAAAUCAACAAUCAUCACCAUACAUAAAUACUCCGAUGUCAACAUCAGAACAUCGUCAAAUAGGUUUAUCUGCAUUUUGUACACCAACAUCACCAGAACAAUCAAAUUCAUAUAAUACAUUUGCAUGGCCAUUUUCAAUGGCUCAAAAUCAAAAACCUGUAACAAAUCCAUUGCAUAUACCUAUAUCAACCCAGACGACUGAUGUACUUACUCAAUUAAUAAAUGAACAAUUUCGAUAUUCGGCUACUAUGCAAACAUCUACAACAUCAAAUAUCGAUAUUAAUGUAGUAAAUAAUAUCAAUCGAGAUGAUAAUAAUGAUGAUGAUGAUGAUGAACAAAACUUUUAUUCAGCACCACCGUCACCUACUAAACAACAAGAUACUUCACGAACUUUAUUUAAUAAUUCAAAUAAUCUUGAACAUACACGUAUUUAUAAUCAAGCAGUUUUAUUAAAUUCGCUGAUACGUAAUAUGGUGAAUGAAAGGGAUAUAAAAAAUUCAUCAUCCAACGAGUCUUGUUUUUCAAAUGAUACUCAAUCGACAAAUUGUAAUCAAGAAGACAAUGAAAGUUAUACAGAAAUGUAUAAUCUUAUUCGUCUUCUUUCUCCUGGUGUUAAAAAUGUUGCUCAACAAGAAUUACUUCAAUAUCUUGAACAAGGUUGUUUAAAUGAACGUAAUGAAAUGAUUCGUUUAGUUGGUUCACUUAAUAUUAAUGAACAAAAUUCAUUAAAACCAAUUCUACUUCGAUUAAUUAAUGAACAAUUAGAUAUUAUGAAAAAACAACAACAAAUUCAACAAGGUAAUUCAACAUCAAUACCACAUCAACAUUCUCAAGAAACGCGUUCAACAUUAGAAAGUUGGUUUGGUUCUGAUAUAUAUACAAAUGCAUAUCCACGUAUGCCAUCAGGUCGUGUUAUAUCAGCGUGUGAUCUUGAACAAUCACGUUUAACAAAAUAA